UCUGAGGUGUACGAACACUAUCAUCAUGGCUCAGAGGAUAAACCAAGCAUCAUCAGCUGAUUUGAUCAAGAAAAGUGUCAUGCUCAGUUCGGGCCCACCAGCGCUGUACCGUCUUUACACAACAAGGAGUAAUCUAGACAAGCAUGGCAAGAUCAGAAAGUGGACCUUUGGACAGAAAUGUGCCAACAUGCAAAACAAAAUAAUCCUGAUGGUGGGAGAAACGGGAACAGGCAAGACCACUCUGAUCAACACCAUGGCCAAUUACUUUCUGGGGGUGAAGUUUGAGGAUCAAGUGUGGUUCGAGAUCACAGAAGAAGACAGGAGAGAUCAAACAGAAUCUCAAACAUCGGAAAUCACUGCUUACGAGAUCUUUUCCGAGAGGAAACUCGCCUCUCUCACCAUCAUUGACACGCCAGGUUACGGAGACACCAGGGGGAUAGAUAAGGACAUGGAAAUCGCUCAAAACUUACAUGAAUUAUUUCUACAUGAGACUGGAGUGAAGAGUCUUGACGCUGUGUGUCUUGUACUGAAAGCGUCUCAGAACAGGAUCUCAGAGUUUCAGCGCUACAUUUUCGAAGCAGUUCUGUCCUUGUUUGGGAAAGACAUAGAGGACAUCAUAGUGCUGUUUAUUACACACUCCGACGGAGGACCACCAACAAACGUUCUGGAAGCCAUCAAGAAGGAAAAGAUCCCCUGCUGUCACGAUGAAGAGAACGAACCUGUUCAUUUCCUGUUCAACAACCGUCAGUCUGAGAAACAGACAAAGAAAUACGAGUACGUUUACAGAUCUUCCUGGGAAAUGGCGACGGACAAUAUUAAGGAAUUUUUCAGAUUCCUAAAAUCACGACAGAGAAAAAGCCUAAAUAUGACUGUAAGUGUUCUAGAGGAGCGCAUGCAGCUGAAGGCCUGCGUUGAGAAUCUGAAGGAACGCAUCAAAUACAGCGAAGCAAAACGGACAGAACUGACUUACGUUCAACAAGCUUUGAAACAGAACAAAGAAAAGAUUGAGAAAGAUAAAAAGUUUAUGUUCACUGUCAAGAUAGCUUACAAAGAGAAGGUUGACACAUCAGGUGCUUCAUGGCAGGACCGAAAGGUGACCUCCUGCAAAGAAUGUGAGGAGAACUGCCACGAGUUUGGCUGCUGGCUUGCUGGAAGUCCCCGGUUGUGCAAAGUUAUGAAAGAAAGUCACUGCAUUGUGUGUCACUGCCACUACUCCACACACGUCAGAGAGCACAAGAAAUAUGUGACAAAGCAGAGAGAGGAAAGAGUCACAUUUGAAGAACUGAAAGAGAAAUACAAAACGGAGCAUGGGAAAACACUGAGAAUCAAAGAAAUGAUGACAAGCCUAGAAAUCUGCCUGAAAAUGCACAUGGCCAGAAAUGAAGAAGAGAAGAGGAGCUUGGUGAACGAUGCAUAUGUGGCGAUCGUAAAACUGUCCGAGAUCGCGUUAAAACCAGACUCUGCCUUUACCGUUCAGUACCUCGACUUCCUGAUUCCCCGAGUUGAAGAGGUUGGAACAGCAGGGUGGGCUCAGAAACUGAAGGACAUGCAGAAAGCCGCAGACAAAGAAUCAACUAAAUCUGCAGUGGGGUAUUUAAGUCGGAUUAAUAUGGACACGCAGAAAGCUGCAGCUGAAUUUGCUAACUCUGUAGUGGGGUAUAUAAGUAAGAUGAGUAAGGACAUGCAGAAAACUACAGACAGAGAAUCUGCACACGCUGCAGAGGGGCCUACUUUCUGCAUAAUGAAGUUUCUCCAAGUUAAACUCAUAAAGACCUCAGAUCGUCUGUGUCCCAUCGUCUAUGUAGAAGAGCUAAAGCUCAGACUGCAGCUUCAGAGGAGAAGAGUGGACCAAGGACAUCCCAGCAUGCAUCAGGCCACACUGAAGCUUGUGGAAGUGAGAAUCCUCAUCAGAUCCUCUACACGCCUCCUGCUGCUCUGCCUCAGUAUCAGCCUUUACUGCUCCUCCUGCAGAGAUGAAGGUUUUCAGUUCAUCUGUCCUGCAGCAUCUCCCAACAUUCCAGAGUGUCCAGCGUCUGUUCUUUGA